UCGCGGCAGAAGCCCGGGCAACUCUUUUGAAUGGAAUCGGGCUGAUUCAUCGCCGGUUCGCGGAGCCUCAGAGCAGGGCCAAGUCUGAGCCGCUGCCGCCGCUGCCGCCGCUGCGUCCCCGCGGCAGCAAGACAAGGGUCCAGACCGCGUCUUCCCGUCUCCUGCCUGCCUUCAGAGAGAGGAAAAAAAAAUAUUUGGAAAAAUUACAUCUGCCAGAAUUAGCAAGAGUUUGUGCUAAGAAGAAAUUUAUAAAACUCAACAAAUUGAAGUUUAACGCCUCAAGAGUUGUAGUUACUGACCAGAAGUAUGGACAGACUUCUUAGACUUGGAGGAGGUAUGCCUGGACUGGGCCAGGGGCCACCUACAGAUGCUCCUGCAGUGGACACAGCAGAACAAGUCUACAUCUCUUCCCUGGCACUGUUAAAAAUGUUAAAACAUGGUCGUGCUGGAGUUCCAAUGGAAGUUAUGGGUCUGAUGCUUGGAGAAUUUGUUGAUGAUUAUACCGUCAGAGUGAUUGAUGUGUUUGCUAUGCCACAGUCAGGAACAGGUGUUAGUGUGGAGGCAGUUGAUCCAGUGUUUCAAGCCAAAAUGUUGGAUAUGUUGAAGCAAACAGGAAGGCCUGAGAUGGUUGUUGGUUGGUAUCACAGUCACCCUGGCUUUGGUUGUUGGCUUUCUGGUGUGGAUAUCAACACUCAGCAGAGCUUUGAAGCCUUGUCGGAGAGAGCCGUGGCAGUGGUUGUGGAUCCUAUCCAGAGUGUAAAAGGAAAGGUUGUUAUUGAUGCCUUCAGAUUGAUCAAUGCUAAUAUGAUGGUCUUAGGACAUGAACCAAGACAAACAACUUCAAAUCUGGGUCACUUAAACAAGCCAUCCAUCCAGGCAUUAAUUCAUGGACUAAACAGACAUUAUUACUCCAUUACCAUUAACUAUCGGAAAAAUGAACUGGAACAGAAGAUGUUGCUAAAUUUGCAUAAGAAGAGUUGGAUGGAAGGUUUGACACUUCAGGACUACAGUGAACAUUGUAAACACAAUGAAUCAGUGGUAAAAGAGAUGUUGGAAUUAGCCAAGAAUUACAAUAAGGCUGUAGAAGAAGAAGAUAAGAUGACACCUGAACAGCUGGCAAUAAAGAAUGUUGGCAAGCAGGAUCCCAAACGUCAUUUGGAGGAACAUGUGGAUGUACUUAUGACUUCAAAUAUUGUCCAGUGUUUAGCAGCUAUGUUGGAUACUGUCGUAUUUAAAUAAAGCAACAUAAAAAGCUGUUAGUGAUACUUUCAGUGUAUAUUCCUCUAUUGUUCCUAAUGCUGAAAAUCAAGGGACCUCUGAAGGUGUAUUUGGUUAAAUGUAAGACAUCUGGCAUCAUUUGCAGCACUGUAACACCUUCAGUCUCAGUUGUGCAAUUACUUCUGUUUCUUUAGUCAGGGUCUUUGCAGAUUCCAAAGUUGUAUAAGAAUACAUCAAAGUGGACAAAUUUUGUUAAGUUCCCAUUUCAUAUUUGAAGAAAUCAGUAGCGCAAAUAUAUUUUGAUUGUUGCUUACAAAAUAAAAUACAUUUACAAUCUAUGUCUCCCGAGGUCUUUUUGGCACUGGGUGAAAUUGACAGAAUAAAAUUUGACAGUGCUACAGAAAUCUCACACAAAGAUGUUUCCCUUUGCAUUUUAAGAUCUUAUAACACAUAAAACAUCACGGUGAUAAAACUUCACAAAUUUAAAAUGGUUACCAUUAAUGAGUGGCUACCUCAUUAGUGAGUAACGCAGAAACAGUGUUGACAUAUUUUAUUAAAAGUAUUUGUCAUAAAUUAAUAUAUGCUUAAUAUCUUGUUAAUAUCUUUCAGGAUCUCAGAGGAGUAUAUGUAACUAAAAAAAAAAGGGCAAUUUCAAUUUAUAUUUUUUAGUAUUUUAAAAGAAUACGUUCCAGUAACAGUCUUGAGAUUGUCUGGGAGUUGGCUGCUGCAAACUCCACUAGACUUUCAGCUAAGAUAGCCAUAGGAGGUAUAUAAUAUGUCAUUAAUGCAAAAUGAGAAAAGUAGCCAUAAUGUCAGUUUAAUAUAUAAGCAAUAAUUUUGUUACUGUUUUCUCUCAUUCUUUCCCAAGUAAACUUAGAAGGUACUCAGUUUUCUAAUAGGAAAAAAAUUUGGCUAAUGACAGUUUCCACAGACAACUCGCUUCUAAGUAACUACGCCAGUUAAUACUUGUGGUAUAGCACCGUACUGGGAACACCAAGGGAGUAUGGCAAACAAUAUGGACCCAAGUAAACAUUUAAUUCUAGUCUGCACCCUUCUUUUGAAAAUAUGGUGAGAAUGUUUCUAAGGCUUCAUUAGAGGAAGUUCUGCUUUUUUUUUUUUUUUUAAGAGACUUAGAAUUUAGACUUAACCUAUUAGACGUUGUAUGAAUGAUAUGAUAGACCAAAUUACUGCCCUGCUUGAACAAUUCAAGGUUCUUACUGGUUGUCUAAUGAAAAGGUACCAGAAACUGAAAGUGGAAAUGGCUUAAAUUCCCAGUAUGUUCAACAGUGUCUUUUUUAUCGAAUAAGGUAUUCUGAGCAUUUCUUCUUUUAAAUAUAGUGAUAGAUUGAUACACUUUAUUUAGGACAUGUAAUUAAUAUUAAUGUAAAUUGUCAGAAUUACAACAGCUAACCACAUACCAUUAAAAUCUAAGUGGAAGCUAGUGGAAAGUUUUGGUUUUUUGUUUGUUUUGCUGAAUUUAAACUAGUGUGCAGGUUAAUUAUUUAUUUUGAUGCAUGAUUUUUCCGUUUAUAAAUUAAGGCUCUGUAUCUUAUUUCACAGAUACUGUUGAUUACAGCUGGUCAAUAUUUUUUCAUAAAAUCCCCUCAGAAGAAGGCGCCAGUAAUCCAAAGGCUAUUCUCAACAUUCAGAUUGAAAGGUGGUUUUGUUUUUUUCCACUUAGUCCCCGGAAAAUAUCUCAUGACUGAAUAUAGCAACAGCAAAGUUUGUGCAGACCCUGUCCUUUGCCCUUAUUUGAUGGCCUCAUCUUCCUGGACUCCCCACAGCCACAGACCAUUUUCUUCCACUUGGCUCGUGUUGGAGACAUUACCAGUUUCAGAACCUUAUCAAACUCCCUCCAAGCAAAAACCUACAUUUUCUGUGUAGAUUUGAAUUCGAUCAACAUCAGGAUGCUCUAAGAGGUGGUUCAGUGAAUACCUUUGUCUCUUGGGAUAUACAGCUAUUUUAGCAGCAGCCUGAUGCCCCAGGCCCAGUUAGGUAGUGAAACAACUUGGUUAAUCACAAACUUAGUAAGCUGGUGUGUGUGUGUGUGUAUGUGAGCAUAUCUGUUUAUCCAUCCACCACGCAGAGAUAAAGCAGCACAAGAACCAAAACUCCUACUUACCUGUAGUGCAGAAAUGUCCCUGCUUUGCUCUCAGACUAGUAUGGGGCACUGAAAGCUCUACCCUCAGUAUUCAAAGCAUGAUCUGCCUGGCCCAGCAGCAUCUGGGUCUUCUGGGAGCUUCUUAUAUAUACAAAGUGAAGUCCCGCCCGAGACCAACAGAAUCAGAAUCUGAAUUUUAACAAGAUCCUGGGAUAGUUUGUAUGCCCCGCUCCAUAGAAGUAAGGCUCAAGGGCAGGCAUGUUGGUCCUGAGGAAAGCCUUAGUUUUCCUUCUUCAGCACCUAGAUGAAUCUCAACUGAUCUGUCUAUAUAAAUUCAAGGUUUAGCCUAUAUGUGAGGAACCAGAGAAUUUGGUAUUGAUAAUCCAAAGUGGGCAGAGUGCACAUUUAUCUCCCAAUAUAAUUCCUUAAAAGCUCUUGAGGAAGGUACCCUCUACC